CUGUCUCCCUCACACUUUUAGUUUCUUGCAAUUUUCUCGCGUUUUCCGCCGAAUUUCCCAGCGAAAUUACCGUUUUGAGUUUUUGUGUAAAAAAAAAAAAUGGAUAACGCGUCUUAUUCGAGGAGUCUUUUGGAUCUGCCUGUAGCUGAUAUUUUGGUGGAUCACGUUGCGCCAUACCUAACAAGGGAAGAUCUUACAACCUUCCGCACUUGUUCUCGGAAAUGCAAGGAGUUGGCGGAUCAAAUGUUUGCCGGAAUCAGGAAGCUUGUGUUUUCCUGUGGUAAUGAAGGACCUAUUCCCUUGAUUCUUCAGACUUGCAGGCAGCUCCGAACAAUUGAGUUGUAUCAUGUUACCUGGAGUAAUGAUCAAGUGCACCAAUUGAUGAGCAAUAAUCUUCUUUUGGAUACUGUUAAUAUAUUUAAAUGCAAGCAAAUAACUUCUCGAGGACUUGUCCCAUUAAUUGCUUGCAACAAGAUCCAACACUUGCAACUCGUUCAUGUGGAUAUUCACGAUGAAUUCCUGAUUGAAUUCGCUAAUAACAAUAAAAAUCUAAAAGAAGCAAACUUUGGCGAAUGCUUUAAUUUCUCUGUGGAAGCACUUCAGCACUUUUUUCACAAUGAACCGGAAUUGAAGCACAUCGAAAUAGACGAACUAAGAGAUUUUGAUAUCUCACCGAUUUUGAUAACGAUCUCUCAGUCCUGCUUCAAUCUGAAGUAUUUGUGCGUCUACAACUCAAUUUUACGGGAUACGGAUGUUCUCAAGAAUUUUGCUAGACCUGGAGUAGUAAUCAACAUUAAAUUUUACGAUGACGAUAGCGAUGAUAGCGACAACGAAAUGGCGAAUGAUAAUUGUGGGAUUACUUGGAGUUACGCAAAAACUCUCAGGAAGUUCAAGAUACAGGUCGAAGACGAAGAAUACGAAGAAGAAAGGAUGGUAAAUAUUUUGAGAAUGCUAUGGUAAUGAUCGAAGCUGAAAUUUGUAUUUUUUUUUUUAAUUUUAAAACAAAUGCCAAUGAAAUUAUUAUAAUAAAAC